UAACACCGCCACGAAAAUACCAUUAUAUAUUAAAAGCCUUUGGAUAAAGAAUUGGUACUUCCAACUUCCAAAAAUCUUUGGUUUCUCUUCAAGAGUUCAAAAUCUUAUUCUCCAACAAGCUCAUAUAUAUUAAUACUCUAAGUCCUAUAGUCCUAGCUAUAUAUAUAUAUAUAUAUAUAUAUAUAUAUAAUUAGGUAGUUGAAGAUGUGGCAAAUUCUAGUAGCAAUGACAAGAAACCUUAACAACACAAGAAAGAGUUCAAAGGUGGCAGAUGAAAACAUGUUCCAACAAGGAAAUGAGCAUGAGAGGGUAAGAAGAUCACAAAAUGGUUGGGGGGGUGUGAUUAGCAACAUUCUUCAAGCUCCUAUAUCAAUACUCUCAUGUGUUUCUCAUCCAAGGGUAAAUGGGUCUGAUGGUGUAUUUGUAACUGGUGGUGAAUUUUCACAAAUUUCUGAAAUGAAUCAUCUCAUGGUAAGUGAUAGCAUGAGAUAUGCAAUUUUGAUGUAAAUAUCAAUUGUUCUUUAGUGUUGGCUUCAUUUCUCUCUUGUCCUUCAUUUUUUUUUUCUUUUUCUUUUACUUUUUCUUUUUCUUCUCUUUUCUUUUGGGUGAUUGAGUGGAUCUACCAAUGUUAUGUCCUAGUCCUAUCUUUGGUUUUAAUCAAUGUAAAAAGAUUUUAGAUUAUUUUGCCAUUGUUCAUAAAAUAGGUAUAUAUAUAAUAUGCUUGGAUUGGAGACAUAAA